UCGUAAUGCGCCGUCGAGCUGCGCUAAGACCAUGCGCUCACGCCCUGUGCUGGAUCACGGGCGGUCGGUGUGAUCCUGCGGCUUCUCAUCCAUGUACGCCUAAUUGCUGGAUCAGAGGAAACUAUAGACUGAGUUGGAACAAUGGGAAUUGGAGCAAGGGUGAGCUGCUAUUCGGUUGGCGUACAUGCCGUCCAGCUCACUGCGGUGACGACUCCAGAUUUGCCAAAACGAGGUGUUGAUUUGCAAUCUGAGUUCACCGGUCCCAGUUCAAAUGCGAGGUAUCAUCAUUCCUAGGCAUGGUCAUGAUCGGCAGCGUCUCCCGUAAGUUUGUAGUUGAAAAAGUAUAUUCGAAUACCUAAAUAAGUGAUCGUGACAUACCGAAAGGUCGUGUCAGCAUAGCAAUGGCUGGAACCAGCGCUUGUUUUCCAAUUCUUCCUGCGACGUGAUACUCAGCUAAGCAAUGAACCAUCUCCUCUAUCUCAGGCCAAGAUGCGGCCACGACAUGAUACACUAUUGUUCAUGGUUCUCACGCUCCUCCUCGGUGGGCGGCGCCUUAACUCCUUCAGCUCCAAUAAUGACAUCUCUGCUUUUUCGGUGGAGGUCCUGAUCGAGCUUACUGUCUCUUUCCUCUCUUGCUCUGUCUGCUGUAGCAUUUCCUCUUUUUUCGAACAUUCGCUCGUUCCUUUGCUCGUAACUCCGGGUUAUCAGCACCCUCUUUCAAGCUCUCCAAAAACUCGAAUGCUUCGUCUAUCAGGUCUCUUGCCUUUGCUUUGUCCAAAGAGCCCUCCAACCGAGCGAUCUUUUCCAUUUCGUCGAUCAUAUAACCCUCAAGCCGUAAUACCUUCUUCCGCUCAUCCACUCUCUUCUUCACUCUUCGCAUCUCUUCAGAAGCAGUUCGGUUGCGGAACUCACGCGACUUAUCUUCUUCCAUGUCUUCUGUAUUCACCUUCACGAAGCUCUCAUCGUCAUCGAUCGUACUCUGCCUCGUCUUGUAAAUGCUGUAGUUCAUUCACCAAAGCAUCUUUGCUCAGGCUCGUAAAACCCUUCCAUGGCAGUAUCCUUCCGAACGGCUGUCCGUUACGCAUAGCCACACGCCGUGUCACAUAUCUGUCCUGGUCUAUUGGUAUAUCGAAUAAUGAGUCUAUAUGUGCAACACCCUUCGCCGUGCAAUAACGCACUGUAACAUUCCAGCCCUUCUCGCGAGGCUCAA